UUUAUUUUCCUGACCAGUAUGUUCUUAGCUACUCUCCAAUACAUGUAGCCAAAGUUAUAUAAUAAAUAUGUUUUUAUAUUUCCUCUUUGCGCUUGUGGCGACAAGCUUAGCACGACCGCCCCAUUUCGAAGUAAGCCCAGAUGUUUCUAUAGCAAAAGUAAUUGCGAGAACUCCUGCUCCACUGAAUGUGAUAACUGUGCCUACAAAUUGCCCCGAUGGUCAAGAAUAUAUCAAUGGAGAAUGUCGUGAUGUUUGGAGAGCAGACAAUAUUGUCAGAUCCCCUGCUCCACUGAACGUUAUAACGGUGCCAACGAAUUGUCCUGCUGGUCAGCAAUAUAUCAAUGGACAAUGUCGUGAUGUUUGGAGAGCAGACAAUAUUGGCAGAGCCCCUGCUCCACUGAACGUUAUAACGGUGCCAACGAAUUGUCCUGAUGGUCAGGAAUACAUCAAUGGAGAAUGUCGUGAUGUUUGGAGAGCAGACAAUAUUGGCAGAGCCCCUGCUCCACUGAACGUUAUAACGGUGCCAACAAAUUGUCCUGAUGGUCAGGAAUACAUCAAUGGAGAAUGCCGUGAUAUUUGGAGAGCACACAAUAUUGGCAGAACUUCCUCUCCAUUGAAUGUGAUAACCGUGCCAACAAAUUGCCCUGAUGGUCAGGAAUAUAUCAAUGGAGAAUGCCGUGAUGUUUGGAUCAGAAUUAAUUCGAAAUUUUCACUUUUGGAGGAGUCAGUCCCUGAAGUUGAAGCAAUUGAAGAAAUGGUGGAACGAGUCAAUAAUUUCGAUUAUUCUUUGAAAAAUGUUAUAAGUGUGCCUAACCAAUGCCCUGCGGGAUAUGCACCAGACGCGCUAGGUGUUUGCAGAGUGAUUUGGGUGCUAUAAGUAGGUAAUUAAUGUAAAAUUU